GUUGUAAGGAACGUCUGUGUUCGGCAGUUAUUUUUAAGAAGAUAUGAUUAUUUUAAUGCGUGGUCCAUCGAGCGCACUAUGAGGCUGCUGCGCCUCUAUGUUCUGUGCUUGGGCGUCUGCUUGUCCGCGGCCGGAGGCGACGAACAAAAAAGAUGUGUCAUCACGGAAAUGAAAAAUAAGAUUGAAAAACUAACAAAGGAAACACUAGGAAAACCCCUUUACCUGUGGUCUGGUCCUUCUCUGUCUUCGGUGACUUUCGUGCUGUUUUUAAGAAAUAACAGUGGAGGUGAUGAAGCAAGCGAGACUGUCAAUUUGAAGAAUGAGACUCAGCUUCUUCUUAAGAGAUGGACCACGAUAGAAUUCUCAACCACAAAGGCAAAUGACACGGACUUUCCGACUGUGUCCAUCCCGGCUAUCAAUGAGACUCACAUCCUACGGAACUGCUCAAAUUGUUCACUGAAGGAACUACAAAUUCAAGUAGAAGGAAGUGCCCUGUUUGCCCUUAAUUGUUCAGACAACACCGACCCUCAAGCUCUCUUCGCUGACCAUUGGGAGGAAGCAGAGACGGCGGCGCCAAAUUCUGUUUGGAAAAUCAGUUCGCUGCUGCUUCUGCCGAUCUGUUUCCUCUCAAUCCUCUGCAACAUUUGGACCUCAGUGAAGCACAGGAGGCGGAGCGCAGAAGAGAUAGCCCACCGCCAAGAAGACGACCUGCCCUUGGUCUCUCACGGGGCCCAGAACCUGCCCUUGGUCUCUCACGGGGCCCAGAACCUGCCCUUGGUCUCUCACGGGGCCCAGAACCUGCCCUUGGUCUCUCUCGGGGCCCAGAACCUGCCCUUGGUCUCUCUCGGGGCCCAGAACCUGCCCUUGGUCUCUCUCGGGGCCCAGAACCUGCCCUUGGUCUCUCUCGGGGCCCAGGAUCUGCCCCCACCCGUGCCGCCCCCCUUUCUCAAAUCCCCGCCUGAAGGAGCCGUGAUGAGGGAACGAGGCAUGAGGGAGCACCACGAUGACGCUCAGUCGACAGAGAGUGAAAAUGUGUAUGAGGAAGCUCCGGAGGGCGCGACAAAGGUGACCAUCCUGUACGAGAGCGUGAACAGCAUUUGCGGCGCCCUUCCUUAGGCGCGAGUGGCGCCCUUCGGCUCGCAAGCUUUCUUCAGGUGUAGAGACAGCCCGCCCUCGCUUGGCUCUUGGGUCACGCGCGGCAUCGGCGAUCUCUUACGAUGCACUCAUUUACUGUAACACAUAUACAUGUGUGUACACACACACACACACACACACACACACACAC